UUUUUUGAGUUUGUCAAAAAAUAUAUUUUGAUAACUUUUGAAUCAAGCACCUGGUCUUGUUUCGUGUGAUAAAUCAUUUAGAGGCUCAUGGAAAGUAAAGAAAACCUUCUUGUCAAAAUGUCAGCUCAAAUCAAAUUAGAAGAAGGGGUCGAUUGUCCACAAUUCCACACCGAAACAAUUGUUAAGGAAGAGCUGAUCCUGGAGGAUGAGCACCCACACCCGGAACCGACAUCCCACGAGAACGUAGUCAUCUCGGCAUCCGGUUACGAAAUUACCAUCAAAAAUGAACCUCUGGAGGAGGAGGAGCCUCUGGAUAAGGUCGUCACGGAAGAACCUGCCUUCAGCUGUGACAAAUGCAACAAGCAGUUCACCUCGAAGCGCUCGUAUAGCGAGCACCUGCUGAAGCACCGGAACUUGGAGAGCAAGCGAUUCAUGUGCGCGCCAUGCCAUAAACCUUUUGGUACGGCAGGCGCGUUGGACACACACGAACGGCGGAUGCACGGAGGUGUAAAAAGUGAGCGACCUUCGGAGGAGGCUGAAAGUGCGCCAAAACGGUUCCGCUGUGACAAGUGCGACAAGCAGUUCGACGUGGCGAUCUCGUUCAAGAUGCACCGCAAGCGGCACCGGGACCUCGACAGCAAGCGCUUCGUGUGCGCACCGUGCCGGAAAGUUUUUGCGACGCGGCGCGAGUUGAACCGACACCAGCAGAACGUUCACGGGGGAGGGAUUGGCAAACUGACGUUGCAGUACAAGUGCCGGUACCGGUCGUGCGAUACGGUGUGCGAUAACAAGGAGAGCUUUGAGGAGCAUUUGGAGGAGCACAGGACAGGGCAGACACCGGAUGGAAAGCGGCAUCGGUGCAAAAAGUGUGACAAGUUCUUUGCCAAUGGAACCUCUUUGAAACGACACUUGGAGCUCAAUAUUUGCGACUAUAGGCCGAUAGUGCUGGAGGAGGAAGACGGCACCUUUAAAUGUUCCACGUGCAGCAAAACGUUUUCCCAGCAGCACCUGAUUGACCAACACAUCCGAACGCAUCUGGGCCGGCCGGAGUUUCGCUUUGCAACGCUGGAUUUUACUGAGAAACAGGCGGAGGAGCUGGGCACGGAUCCGAUCGUUGUAGAGCAGAACGGAGAAGAGUUUUUCAAGUGUCCUAUGUGUUUGAAGCUGAUUCAACAACACGACGCUUGUGUUCGACACAUAGGCGUGCAUAUCACAAAGGCACGAGCGACGUUCCAGUGUGAAGCGUGUGGAUUGUAUGUUGCCGACAACAAGGAGCUCGCGAAGCACGCGGCCGACAAGCACGGCCGAGUCAAAUCCGAACCGACCGAGCUCGGUGAAUGUGACGAGCAGGGUCUCUUCAGGUGCACCGAGUGCACAAAAACAUUCACGCAACGGCGUUUGGUGAUGCGCCACUUUCGCAGGCACGAAGCGAUGAAGAAGGGCUCGUUCCAGUGUAAAAUUUGUGAAAAGUUCUUUCCGGAAAAUGCCGAGUUGAUGAAGCACUCGAUUGAGAAACACGGUGAGGAGCCAAAAGCGCCGAAGACGAACAAGCUGGAAAAGGACGCCAGUGGGCGGUUCAAAUGCACGCAAUGUGAGCAAACAUUUGAACAUCGUCAGCCGUGCGCAGCACACAUUCGUAGGCACCAAAUCAAGGACAGUGCGCGGUAUCAGUGCAAGAAAUGUUUGAAGUGCUUCGUCAAACAAGUCGAUUUGCAACGUCAUGAACGAGCUGCUACCAAGCUGACGGAGAGUUUCUGCAACAAAAAUCUAAAGUCGCGCCAACUAAACAAAUCGGAGCUCUUGAAGCAAACCGGCAAACCGUAUCAGGUCAUCGAGGAAAACGACUUAUUUAUUUGCUCGUCCUGUGGCAAAGUGUUCCUGCAGCGUCCGUUCUGCGUGAGCCACAUCCGGAAGCACAUCGACCUGGAGCAGGGCAGGUUCCGGUGUGAAACGUGCGAAACGAACUUUGGCACAAACACGGAACUUCGCCGGCAUGCGGCCCUGAAGCAUGGCACUAGUGCGGGCGUUGAAAGACCGCGGCUGGUUCCGAUCAAGCUCGAGCAGGACGAGGACGGAUGGUUCAAGUGUCCCGAGUGUCCGGAGCGGUUUCAGCAGCGGGUGACGUGUACCAAGCACGUGAAACGACACGAGAAUCUUCGCAGUGGAAAGUAUCGGUGCGACUUCGAGUCGUGUGAAAUGCGUUUCGGAUCGAAUUUUGAGCUAAAACGGCACGUGUUAGUGCACACAAAUGACCAACCUGCGAAUGAAGCUUCUACGUCGAAGGCACCAACUAAUAUAAAAAAGGAAAUUCCAGAGGAAAUCGUUUCCGACGCUAACUAAUACAUUUGAAAAAUUGUUUCCUCCAUACCAAAGACGUUGUAGAUCAAUCUAUACAUUAAAAAUAAA